AUGAAAGGUGAUUAUUCUGAUAACACAUCGACUUUUGAAAAUAAUGUGCCCCUCAAUGGAAAUCCCAAAAUUUAUAAUAUUGGCGCUGUUCUCAGUUCGGGGGACAAUAUAUACGAAUUCACUCAAAAUAUCGAAGAAAUAAAUCGCAAACCGGGAAUUUUACCAACAAAUGUAUCUCUAUAUCCACUGACGGUUCCCGUGAAUUCAAACCCUAUAAGAACCGCACAAAGCGUCUAUGCGGUGAUUGCAUCUCAUCCAUCAAAUGGAGACCAGUCUUUGUCGUCGGUUUCAUUUACUUGCGGUUUUUACAACAUUCCCGUCAUUGGAAUCACAAACCGAGAGAGUACAUUAUCGAACAAAAACUUGCAUGCUGCUUUCAUCAGAACUGUGUAA